AUGAAGCUUUUGACAGUCGUGGGCAAGAUUAUACUUCUUGCUCGCACCGCAACGGCUUUGAACAAUGGUCUUGCCGUCACCCCUCAGAUGGGAUGGGAUGACUGGAACGCAUUCGGCUGCUCACUCAGUCAGAACCUCGUCCUCUCCACGGCAAAUACUAUCCUGAAGACCGGCCUCAGAGAUCUGGGAUAUCAUUACAUAAUCCUGGAUGAUUGCUGGUCUUCGGGCCGUACUUCAAGCAACGUCCUCAUUCCAGAUGCUAAUAAAUUUCCUAAUGGCAUGAAAUAUCUGGGAGAUCAGCUUCACGCUCAAGGGUUUGGGUUUGGGAUAUAUUCUAGUGCUGGUACUAAGACUUGUGCUGGAUACCCAGGUAGCUUGGGAUACGAGACUGUUGAUGCGAAUACAUUCGCCAGCUGGGGAGUCGACUACUUAAAAUACGACAAUUGCAAUAACAAUGGCCAAUCAGGCAGCCAAGCAGCAAGCUCUGCUCGCUAUAAUGCCAUGGAAAAAGCUCUGGCUGCUAGUGGCCGAAACAUUCUUUAUGCCAUCUGCAACUGGGGUCAGGAUUCUCCUUGGAUCUGGGGACCAUCCGUGGGAAAUUCCUGGAGAAUCACGGGUGACAUCUCUGAUAACUUCAACACGCAGAACUCAGCCUGCCCAGUGCCAAACUCUGGUGGCUAUGAUUGUUCCGUAACUCAAAUCAUGUCCAAGCAAGCAACGAUCUCACAAUAUUCCGCCAAGGGAGGCUGGAACGAUCUUGACAUGCUCGAAGUGGGUAACGGGGGUAUGAGUGACUCGGAAUAUGUUGCUCAUUUUAGUGUUUGGGCUGCCGCUAAAAGUCCCCUCAUCAUGGGCAACGACAUGAGCAAAUUGAUUGCCAGUGACUAUUCUAUCCUUGCCAAUCCCGCCAUUAUCGCUGUCAACCAAGACCCCUUGGGAGUUGCGGCUACUUAUCGCUGGACUCGUAAUAACGUUCAGUUAUGGAGCGGUCCCCUGGUAUCCACCACGGGAAGCUCAGUUAACGAUCAAGUUGUCGUAUUAUACAACAACGGCGGCUCAAGCACAACUGUAUCCGUGGCACUCUCCGACGUAUUCGGCUCAUCUUCAUCUGUUCCAUCCUCCCAGCUCGAAAUCCGAGACCUUUGGGGCUCGCGGUUAAGCAAUUCCCAAGCUCAGACGAUCCUGAACCAAGGCGCUUCCGCCAAUCCUUCAUGGCUGUAUAACGCCACGGCAAAGAGUUAUGCCACUGGACUUUCUCAAGGGGACUCCAUGUUACUCGGAACUUCCAUAGGUUCAGUUACUGGAGCAAGUGGAACUAUUCAACAGACUGUUUCAGGGAAUGGGUGUAGAGUUUUCCGACUUCGUGCAUCAAAAGCAUCUUCUACAUCAACCACCACCACCACCACGACGUCGUCUUCCGGACAAUCUUUACAAACUCAAUGGGGACAAUGUGGUGGUCAAGGAUGGACUGGACCGACUGAGUGUCAAUCUCCGUAUACCUGCCAAGUGCAAAAUGAUUACUACUCACAGUGCAAGUGAUAGGAGUU